AUGUGGUUGAUUUGGAAAGAAAGGAAUAGAGCAGUCUAUGGAGGAAAGGUGCCUGACCCAUAUGUGAUAAUUGAGAUAGCUGGAAAGAUGGUGGAUGAGUUCUGGAGGGUAAGGGAAUUGGAGGCAGAGAAGGAAGGGGAAGGUGUAAAAGAAAGACAAAACGUGGGGUGGAUGGCACCUGAACUAGGCUGUGUUAAAGUUAACUAUGAUGGUUCUUUUAAGGAUGGUAUCGCUGCUAUUGGGAUGAUUUGUAGAGACAGUGAAGGAAACUUUUUGUGGGGUUUUGGGGAAAAGGUGCAAGCUGAUGUUGCGGUUAUUGCAGAGAUUUUGGCACUGAGGAAAGCCUUAAUACUGAUCUCUGAUAUGAGCUAUAAUAAAGUGGUAAUUGAAACUGAUUGUGCAAAGGUUUUCUGGUGUUGCUUGAAGGUUUCAGCUGAUGGAAUUGAUUGGAGAGGACGCUGGGAAAUUCAGGAGGUUAUUGAAGUCUUGAAGAAUCUGAGGUAUGUUUCUGUUACUCUGAUUUCUAGGAAGAGUAAUUUGGCAGCAGACUUUAUUGCUGUGAGUUGUGGUAGGAGUGUGAGCCCAAUUGGGUGGGUGAAUUCACCAUCACCUCCUCUAGCUAGCAUUUAG